CGCUCGUUAAUUGGCCAAUGGGGUCAUACCGUUCUUUCACUCAUCGCGCGAACGCCGAGCAUAAUAGUUUAGUGAUGUUCGUUUGCGGAGCAAACACCCAAUCGCCGUUGGUUCAGUUUCUGCUGUGUGUUUUAUUUUGAGUUUUUUGUUUUGCUUCCGAGACUGUUCCGUCGUGCACUGUGUUCCGUUUUGUGAGACCGCGCGCGCGGACCGGGUGGCCACCGUAUCCGGCCGUAUCCGCAUACAACGAACCCCCUCCCCCCGCACCCGGCUGGGGCACAGCACGUCGUCAUCCAGUGAGCGAGCGACGCACAAAGGACGCAAGCGCGCGGGCGCGCCCAUCCACACCAUUCCCCGCGAAAGGGACACUCAUCCACCACAAAACGCGCGACAACAAAUACGACAUACAUCCCACAUACAUAACAACACACACACACACACACAUACGGACACACAUACAAAUUAAACACUGAACACUGAAGCAAGAGCGCUUCGGUGGCGGUUCGUGGAGUGUAGAGCCUUCAAUCAGCUGCAGCAUCCUUCAGCAAUCAAUCCGCGGAGCCGCCUAAACGGUUCUCCCCCAUCCCUCACCCCUCCUGCACCCCUCGUGGAUCCCGCGGGUGUCAACGCACCGUGGGAGAGACCGACCGUGCAAGGUGUGUGACCACUCCUCCACCCCUGUUUCUGUGUGUGUGUGUGUGUGUAUGUAUGAGGGUGCCUAUGUAUGUUUUUGGCUGUGGGGAAGCAUCGAAAAGAAGGGCGGUGACCGUGGUGUGGUGGUAGUGUAAGCAAAAGGUGUUGGUGUUGUGGUGUGCCGGUGUGUACUCCGGCCCACUACACACGCACAUACACACACACACACACACCCCAUACACACAUACGCCCGGUCAAGGAGAGCGUACCAUCCAUCUACGCAACCCAGAACAACCACCACCAUCACACUAGCAGCAACAGCAGCAGCAGCAGUAGUAGGCGUCAUCGACUCGGUGGCAGCGGCGCCGGCUUCGAAGAAAACCUCGCAACAACACAACACAACCACACAACAUACUCUGCACCAACAAGUAUGAGCGCCACCAUGAGCGAGCACGAGAAGGCCGCGCUGGCGUCGGAGAUGUUCAACCAUUUCUGUGCGGCGACGACGAUGCGACAGAUACUGGGCAUGUACCGGAACAUGUGCGACACGAUCAUGAUCCGGCCGGGGCCACUGAACGAGUUCUACCCGAAGCUGAAGGCGAUGGUGAGCCACUGGAAGGCGGACGCACUGUGGAAGAAGUUCGAUGCGCGGGCGGCACAGUCGGUGUACAGCAAAGGGACGGCCGCGUCCGGUACACGCGUCCUGAUCGUCGGUGCCGGUCCCUGUGGGCUCCGUACCGCCAUCGAGGCCCAGCUGCUCGGUGCCAAAGUGGUUGUCGUCGAGAAGCGGGAUCGAUUCAGCAGAAAUAACGUACUGCAUCUGUGGCCAUUUCUGAUCACCGAUCUCAAGGCGCUCGGUGCGAAGAAGUUCUACGGCAAGUUCUGUGCCGGUUCGAUCGAUCACAUCUCGAUCCGGCAGCUGCAGUGCAUCCUGCUCAAGGUGGCGCUUCUGCUCGGGGUCGAGGUGCACGAGGGUGUCUCGUUUGUGCGCGAGCUUGAACCGAGCGAUGGGUGCGGUUGGCGGGCGACCGUCUCCCCGGACGAUCAUGCCGUCUCGCAUUACGAGUUCGAUGUGCUGGUCGGUGCGGACGGGAAGCGCAACACGCUCGAGGGUUUCCGGCGCAAGGAGUUCCGCGGGAAGCUGGCGAUCGCGAUCACCGCAAACUUCAUCAACAAGAAGACGGAGGCGGAGGUGAUGGUGGAGGAGAUCAGUGGCGUCGCGUUCAUCUUUAACCAGUCGUUCUUUAAGGACCUGUCGGAGAAGACCGGCAUCGAUCUGGAGAACAUCGUGUACUACAAGGACGAGACGCAUUACUUCGUGAUGACGGCGAUGAAGCACAGUCUGCUGCGCAAGGGUGUGAUACUGCAGGACUACAGCGAUCCGACCGAUCUGCUCGCUCCGGCCAACGUCGACAAAUCGAAGCUGUUCGAUUAUGCGCGCGAGGCAGCGAAUUUUUCGACCGACUAUCAGAUGCCGAACCUCGAGUUUGCGGUCAACCAUUACGGCACACCGGAUGUGGCGAUGUUCGAUUUUACCUCGAUGUUUGCCGCCGAUAACUCGUGCAAGGUGACGGUACGGAAGAACUGCCGCCUGCUGUCCUGUCUGGUCGGGGACAGUCUGCUCGAACCGUUCUGGCCGACCGGGUCCGGGUGUGCCCGGGGUUUCCUGUCCAGCAUGGAUGCCGCGUUCGCGAUCAAACUGUUCGCGAACCCGAAGAACAGCCUGCUGGCGACGAUUGCGCAGCGUGAAUCGGUUUAUCGGUUGCUGGCGCAGACGACACCGGAAAAUCUGCACCGGAACAUCUGCGGUUACACGAUCGAUCCGUCGACGCGGUACCGGGAGCUGAACAAGUCGGCCGUUAGUAUCGCCCAGAUCAAGCACCUGCUCGACACGGACGAUCCGGUACUGCUCGAGCAGACGCACUUCGAUGUGAAUGCGCUGACAUCGGCGGCGGCAGCGGCGGCGGCAAUGCCGGCCCUGGCCAACAACGAACUGGUGCCGAAGCGGAAGCGCCGCACCAACGACACCGUACCGCUCAGUGCGUUCCUGCUGCGCUGGCUGAAAUCGCAGCUCAAGGAGAGCGCGUUCGUGCAGGAGCUGACGGAUCCGGCCGAGUGCUUCACCAACGGGAAGGUACUCUGCACUCUCAUCCACCGCUACCGGCCCGAUCUGGUUAACCUCGAGGCCGUCGCUGACUUCAGUGCGGAUGUCUGCAACGAGCACGCGUUCAUGAUAUUCGAAAGCCAUCUCGGUAUACCACGCGUCAUGUCCGGACAGGACUCGGUCACGCUGGCCGGCAUCGAUCCGAAGGUGUGGCUCAGCUACCUCGAGCAGAUCUGCGAGCUGUUCCGGGGCGAGAUCCCGCACAUCAAGCACCCGAAGCUGGACUUUAGCGAGUACAAGCAGAAGCAGCAGAAUCAGGUGGACACGCUCGCCUGGCAGCGGUUGGCGCACUACGGUCGCCGAAUGCCGACCGGUGUCGGUGUGGCGGCCGGUGGCAGUGCCGGCAUCGCGGCCGCCGCCAUCGAGGCAUCGGCCGGUGGUACGGGCGGUGGUACGCGCAAGCUCAACUACUACCAUCCGACGGCUGAGGAGGAGCGAUUCAAGCGGGGCCGAGCGGGUGUCGCCUCGCCCCAGACCGACACGGUCAAGCGGGCCAAGAAGCGCCGCAGCCAUGACAGCAACAACAAGCCGGGCAACAUCGAAGAGCGCACCCGGCGCCUGCAGGAGAUCGAGGCGAACCGGGUUGAUCGGCAGACGAAGAGGCGAAUGCAGCGCGCCCAGCAGACGCAGAACUUCUACAAGAGCAUCCACAUGCUGCAGGCCAACACCCUGCUGCGCGAGAGCGAUAGUUCGAGCGCGUUCGAGGAUUACUCGCUGUUCCUGUACCGCCAGUCGGCGCCCGAGUUUAACUCGCGCGUGCGCGAGCUCGAGCUCAAGCUGCGCUACCCCGACCGAGAGCGCGGGCUAGCGGCAGCGUAUCCGCGCGGUAUCACCGAUGGCGAUCAGUUCAGUGAUCGCGUCAAAUCGAUGGAGCAGCGCAUCGGCAGCAAGGCGCUGCAGACGACCGAAAAGAAGCCGAAGGAUCUGUUGCGCGCGAUCGGCAAGAUCGACUGCAACGACUGGAACGUGAAGGAGAUCGAGCGCAAGAUCGAGGAAUCGAAAAAGACGACCGACAUCGGCAAGAGCCGCGAGCGCGUCCCGAACUGGAACCGGGAACAGUUUCUGGCACGCCAAAACCGGCUGACCCAGCCGAAGGAUGACGAGAAGUAUCGGGAGAUCGACAGUUCGCUGAAGGCGAUCGACAAGCAGCUGAAGGAGGGCCACAACCUCGAUCUGGGCGAGCGGGGCAAGAACAAGGUGGCCUCGAUCGCUGGCCAGCUGCAGCAGCAACCAUCGGCAUCCGCUCAACAGCAGCAGCAGCAGCCAUCGAAUCAAACGCAGAAAACGGCGGCACUCGUCCUCACCACGAGCGGUAUCGCCGAGAAGUGUCACUUCUGCAAGCAGCGCGUAUACCUGAUGGGUAAGAUCACGACCGAGGGCUUAACGAUGCACCGUGCCUGCCUCAAGUGUCACCAUUGCCACACCUCCCUGCGCCUCGGUGGGUACGCGUUCGAUCGGGACGACACGGAGGGUCGGUUCUACUGUACGCAUCACUUCAAGCUACCGUCGAAGAUGGCGAGCAAGGCGGCGGCCGAGGCUGCUGCUAAGGCGGCUGCGGCGGCUUCCGCGAGCCGCUACGAGACGGCCGAAUGGGAUGCGGCGUUGGCGCAGCGGCAGCAGGCAGCGCAGCAGCGGUCAACGCUGAUGGCAACCGCCUGUGCACCGGACGGUGAGCCCGUUGGUACGACCAUGGUCGACUAUAUGGCGCGCAGUGAUAAGGCGAAGCGCAUGGAGUACGAGCCGGUGGACGAUGGCGGUUGCAUCUCGGAUGGGGACGCGCACCUCGUGAUCGAUGAGCACGAGUGGACGGACCGGAACUUCGGUACCGAGUCGGAGGAGCAGUCGGAGGACGAGGAGCUGGACAGCUCGUCGGACGAUUCGGACGGUGAGAGCGAUUCGGAUUACGACGAUGCGACCGUAUCACCGCUCGGUGCCCAAACCCUGCAGCUCGCCUCCGAGUGGAUCAGCGACAAGCGCUUCUCCAACAUGGUCGACAGCGAUGACGAUUUCUACGGUUACUCGAGCGAAGAUGAUGAUGCUGACUCGCAAACCGAGGGCGAAGCGCUGGCUAAGGCUCGCGAGAUGCGCAUGCAGGAGGUCAAACUGAAGCCACCGUUGACGCUACCGACGGAUACCGAAACCGAGGGUGCGUCCGACUCCAAGUCCGCCUCGGAGGAGAUCAACUCGGCGACGGAGAUAUCGACCGAUUCGGAGUUCGACCACGAGCCGACGCUUCGGAUGCCACCGCGCAUCUUCAUCGAUGAUACGCACUCGCACAAACCGGCCAGAGUGCAGGUGAAGCAUACCACGAUCGACGAUAUGCCAUGGUACCGGAAACAGGUAAAGACGCUACCAACGGGCACCCAAGAUCAGCAGCAGCAGCAGCAGCGGUACGCGGGGGUGCGGAACGACGUCGAGUUUAAGCCGCUAGUGGAGGUCGAUCCGUCGAUCAAGCUGGCGCAGGCGCGCCCGCUGCUGGAACCAUCGCGUUUCGGUGACUACGGGCUGAGCAAGACGGCCAGCACGGAGGGUAUCGCCUCGAAGAAGAGCCUCGAGCUGAAGAAGAAGUAUCUGCUGGGCGAGGAAGCGCCCGGGCUCGGCAUCCUCAAGUCCGGCUCGGCGUCCGCGCUCGACUCCAAGUUCAAGUCGUUCCAUUCGAACAUUACCGAGUGCCAGCGGCUGCUGCAUCCGGCACCGGAGCUAAGCCCGACCGCCCAGAAGGUCCCGGCUACGGCUCCAUCAAGGGCUACUGCGGCGGCGGCGGCGAUGAUUGGUGCACCCGCCGAUCCCGUGUCCUCGCCACGGACGGAGGAGGAAGAAGAAAGUACAAAGAAGCAGCGGGUACCGGCGGUGGACAGCAACGCGAAGGAGCACACCGUAUACGAGGGCAAACCGUCGAGUAAGCGCGCGUCGCUGGUGGAAACGAUCAACGCGACGCUCGUGGAGAACAAACUGAACGAGCUCAAAACGCAUGAGCUACUGCAGGGUGGUGGCGUGCGUUCGAAGGAGGCCGAUUUGCCGCAGCCCAACGGUGGCGGUGUUGGUGUGGCUGCUGUUGCAAUCGCAAAUCACAACAGCAAUCGCGGCAGCAGCAAUAAUAAUAACAACCACAGCAGCAGCAACAACAACAACAAUAUUAACACCAACGCUACCAACAACGUUCACACCGUUCACACCGUUAACACCGUUAACAACAACAAUAACAACGACAACGAAAAUGGUAGUAGCUAUAAUAACAAUUACAACGGCGACGAGAAUGGUCUGGUUGAAACGAUCAAUCUUGUAGCAGCGAACAACAGCAAGGAGCCAGCUGGAGCCGGUGCUGGCGGUGAGCGGGGUGCUACCACGACGAGUGACGAGUUGAUGCGGAACGAGAAGCGGAACGAGCUGCGGUACCUUGGUAACGCGAAGCCAGCGUACAUUGAUCUCACGACAGAUUCGCCGAACUGUGACCGGUCCCUGGUGGAGACAACGCUCAACUUUAGCAUCGCCCCACCGGUGACGGUGACCGAGCAGCAGCAGCAGCAGAAACGAGCCGAGCCGGUUCAGUCCCAAGUCCCAAGUCGCUCGCCACCAGAGCUCGCCGAUGGCAAUCGAAUGCAGAUCGAUAGUAACGAGAACACGAUCAACAAGCACAACCAGCAGCAGCAGCAGCAGCAGGCCGCCGAAGAGAUGAAGGAAUUGAAGCGAGAGAAACCAGUUCCAAGCCAGCCGGCAGCGCAACAGCAGCAACAGCAGCAGCAGCAAGGCGAAGAUGGCUGCCAUGAGACGACACUGCAGGUACCGGAUGGGCCCUGGUCGAAGGAUAAGAAGCGUGGCGCAGAGCACGGCAAGGACGGCAAGGAUACCAUCCUGGGCAGCAGUGAAGGCAGCAGCAGCAGCAGCUCUAGCAGCUCUAGCAGCAGUAGUAGUAGUAGCAGUAGCUCGAGCGUCGAAGACAUACCACACUUCAUACUGGACUCGACAACCAGCCCGGAAACGCAGAACGACGAGCGGUUCGUGCCGCGGCUGGAGAUCCGAGAUGCGACCGGUGAGCUGAUGCAGAUCGACAGCCUGAUGAUCAUCGAUGGUCGGUACAUUGGCGAUCCGGAGGAUCUGAAGCUGAUGGAGAAACUGCCACCGGACACCCAGAUAGCGGCACAGCUGCUGCAGGAGGAGAUGAACCAGGACAGCAUCAACACGGUGGUCGAAUGGGGUGCCAGUGGUGCUGGUAUGAUUGAUGAUGACGCACCGUCGAAACCGAUGUUGGAAAAGGACGGGCGCAUCCAGACGCCCACGACGCCGACGGUCGAGACCAUCGGGGGGGACGACAUCGAAGAGGACGAUGAUGGUGGUGGUAACGGUGGUCCUGUCACGCCGACCGUAACCUCACCGACGACGACGACGACCCCGAGUAAACCGAAGCCCUACCUCCGGUUUGAUUCGCGCAAUGAGAACAAGAUCGACACACUGAAGAGCAUGCCGUUCGUGCUGGACGCGGACCGUGACCGUGGACCGCGGACGAACACCGUUCAGAAGCCCUCGUAUCUGAAGCUGUACCACGCGAAGCAACCCGAUGCCGAUGCCGACACGCCCGAUGCCGACCGGACACCGUUGGCUUGCGAUGAAGGGGCGGCGGCGCGUGUACCGGCGGCGGGCCUGCACCUCCUGAUGCCCCCACCGCACGAUUCCGAUUCGGAGGAGACGACCGAGAACCAGACGACCCAGAACCUGACCGAAACGGAGCUGUCCGAUUGGGCGGCGGACGAUGCCGUGUCGGAGAACUUUGUCGACGUCGAGUUUGCGCUGAACGUGCCGCAGCAAUCGUCCCGGGCGGCCCGCGGUCAGCAAACAGCAACGUCGAUGCAACGGCGCCAACAGCGCACCGCCAAGCACACGGCACGGUUGCAGCAGAAGAAGCAGCACAGCCGGACGCAACACCAGCAGCAGCUGCAGCUGCAGCAGCAGCACCAGCAGGAUCGGCUGGCGCUGAUGAAGGUGGCCGGUGGUGGUGGUGAGGAUGGCAUCAUCCGUAACCUCGCCCUCGAUGACAUCGAGUUCAUGGAUACGGGGUCGGAGGAGGAAAGUGGUAGUGAAAUGCUAAUGGUGCACGUCGCCGGCACCACCAACCGGGCACUGUUGCGGAACCGUGGGUAUGCCGAGCUGCUCGAUCCCAGUGUGGAGUCACGCCGAGUCGCGUUGCAUUACCCCGCGACCGGCUCAUCGGCAGCAGCAGCAGCAGCAGCCAAUCCGCUGGUGCUGGUAGAGGCCAUCAACAAGCAGCUGGCGUGCCGGGUUGACUAUAUUGAGCAGGGCGCGUAUCUGCUGGCCGCCGAUGACGCCAAAACACCGAUGAACGAGGAGCCACCACCGGGCAAGAUGACCUUCGCCGCCCUGGGGCAGCAGCAGCAGCAGCUCCAAGCUGCCUCGCCUGCCCAGUCCCUCGACGCUGGUAACGACAUCGAGGAGGACAGUCUCCUUAUCGUGACCGGUUCUUCGCAAAGUGGCGUCGGAAAUGGAUUCGCUGCCACUGUCACUACUGCGACCACGACCACCACAGAGGAAGAGGAAGAGAGUGGCGAUGCGGUGACGAUCGUGACCGGUAAUACGGGCCCGCUGUGGUCGGAGGGUAGCGGCAGGCGGGGCAGUGGCGGCUCGUCCGGCGGUCUAGCCGCCACAGGUACACCGGGCAAUCAUUCUCGCUUUGGUGACAGUAAGAAGCUUGCCGCCCCACCAUCACCAACACCACCACCACCAUCACCACCUCCACCGCCACCCCUUCCAGUACUGAGUGUAUCAGUAUCGGAAGCGGUGUCGAGCGGUGCGAAGCGCGCCAGCCUCGAGCGGACGAAGGACGGUCGCAAGGAUUCGCUCAAGACCAUCGAGGACGGUGCCGGGUACGACAAGCACGUCAAGCGGCUGCAGCAUCAGAUCCAGCAGAUCAGCAACGCACGGGACUCGCUGGAGAUGAGGAAGGUGAAGCGGAAAUCGUCCAAGGAUGACCUCCCGUUGACGUUGGACGGUGGUGAGAAUGCACUGGUCAACGAUGGGGUGCACGAGAACGACGAGGUGGUGUCGGCCGAUACGCGGCCCGCGGUGCCACCUCCGUCGUCAUCGUCGUCGCCAUCGCCAUUGUCACCGCCGCGGGACCGGAACGGGAGCACGGGAGCCACCCAAACACCGGAGCCGCCCAAAAGCGUGGAGAAGAAGAUUGAGGAGAUCACGAAGGAGCGCGUGAAGCAGAAGGACCUCAUACAUGAUCUAGUCAUGGAUAAGCUGCAAACCAAGAAGCAGCUGAACGCGGAAAAGCGGCUCAACCGUAGCCGUAACCGCAACCAUGCCCUCUGCCAGGUGGCGGCCACGGCCAAUGGGUCGCCGUCGCUCGAGGCGAUCGUAGCACCGUAUCAGUCCACCGUCGUCGUCAUCGCGGGGGAACCGGCACACGCUACGCCGGUCAGCCAGCUGCGACCGUCAGAUGCUGGUAAGGGUGGUGGCGGUAUCCAUAGCGACCACCACCAGCAGUCCGGCUACCAGUGUGUUGUAACGCCCCAGAGGCAGCAGCAGCAGCAGCAGUACCGCGGCCUAACCGAGACGCCCGUCGGCCAGCUGACGGAGCAUCUGCGCGAGGAGGCACGGUCGAAGGCCCGCCAAAAGUCGAACCAGGAUCUCGGUCUGUCGCCCGAGGAUCGGUUGCUGCUGUUGCGCAAGAAGUAUCGCAUCAACUGCCGCGGUUCGCUGACCGAUGACGAGCGUAACAAGUCGGACGAUGUGAAGAGUACGGAGCAGGAAAAAAUCCAGUACCACCGCAGCAACAGCAGCAGCAGCAGCAAUACGCACCAUCAACACCAUCAUCACCACCACCACCACCAUCUCGUCGGCUCCAAGAGCGUGAAUGAUGUGUCGCUGCAGGUGAGCGGCGAUCCGGCCCAUGGGAUUCAUGGUUCACCGCCUUCCGGUUCUGGUAUGGUCACUACUACCAUUGAACCAUUGUGCAGCAACAACCCCCCGAGGUCCGACUAUAUCUCCGAUCCGAAUCUGGUGCAUGAACCGAACGGUGUUGUUGCCGGUGGCCGCAGUACCGCAGGAGCAGGCGCGGGCGUCACUGCUACGCGCACGCGUAGCAAGUGUAAGGACCGGGAGCGGCGCAAGAGCAUCAUCGAGAAGGUGUCCGAGUUCUUUAACGGGCGCAGCAGCAACAACGGCAGCAGCAGCAGCAAGAAGGACGGCGGCGGCAGCAGCAGCAAGGAGUCAUCGCCGACCAAGGAUGGGCGGACGGCGAGCCAACAGCAGCUGAGUGUACCAGCGGUACCAGAUCCGGCAGCAGCGCCAGCAGCAUCAACGAACGCAACACCACCAAGCACUAGUAGCUCGGGUGGGGGGAUGGGGUUCUUGCGAUCGUUCAAAAUCUCACCGAAGGUGAGAGAUAAGUCCAAGUCAUGCUUUGAUGUGAGGAACAUUAGUUGUGGUUCGAAGGAAAGCUCACCCUACGGUCGCAGCGCUUCGGAGGAUUGCUUGAACAAGACAACCACUACUACUACUACGGUAGCUCCGGCGUCUUCGAGCGGUACGGGCUCACCAACGGGCGGCGCACCAUUACCAGCAACCACAGCGAUCAACGGUACAGCGCGCUGUAGCAACAGCUUCACACCGAUCGGGCGCAAGGAGGCGGAAGAGCUGGAACCACCGCCGGUGCCACCAUUACCGCUUAACUAUCAACCUUCCGAUGACGAAUGCGGAGGAGGAGGAGCAUCGAACGAACCGAAAAACGAAAUCAAAAAGCAACGUGCAAUGUUGAAAGCGUCGCGACAAGCAGAACUGAAAAGACUGAGAAUUGCUCAAGAGAUACGACGCGAGCAAGCGGAGAUCGAGGUGAAGAUCGAAGAUCUGGAGGCGCGUGGCGUGGAGAUCGAGAAGGAGUUGCGCGGCGAGGGCGACGCACUGAAGCAAACGCUCACCACCUCCAGCCAUGGUGGUUGUGCUAAUGACGAGGAUCUGGUGAAGGAGUGGCUGGAGAUCAUGCGCAACAUCACGCAGCUGAAGGUGCGCGACGACGAGCUGAGCAUACGGCAGCGGGAGCUGCAGCUCGAGCAUCGCCACGCGGAGCUGAAGGAGGAGCUCAACAUGCGGCUAUCGUUUGGCAAGCUCGAUAAGAACUCGUCCGAUGUGGCCGCCGAAGGUGCGAUCCUCAACGAGAUGCUCGAAAUUGUGACCAAGCGGCAGGCGCUCCGACCAUCGCUCGAACCAUCGACGGGAUCGGCGACGGCGACGACGAUGGCCAAGCGUACGGCGAAGGGUACCGAUAUAUAAAGAGCCUAGGCCACCGAAGGGAGGCCGGCCGACCACCUUCACUCGACCAUACCCACAAGAACAAACAAAAAAAACACACGAAAGAAAAACAAACUUUAUCAAUACAGGAAUUGUACAGAGAGAGAGAGCAGGGCAGACCCGGCGGGGUAUAACCGUGUGGCGGAUGUGCUUCGCAUAAACGCAGUACUACACUACUACACUCCCUUCAGCGCACGCACCGACGACGGAGCGGGUGAACGAUGAUGAACGAGCGAGAUGAGUCGAUCGAGAAACCUGACAUCCCAGACAGACAGACAGAGUGCAGCCGCGCCAGCCGAGCAUGCCAGCUCGUGCCCCUCAUCGACCAAAGAUCUAGUAGGAAAAGAUACAGAGAAGCGCGAGGCGAAGGGCUAGGCGAAACCCGAAGGGAUCGCUGGUGAAUCGCCGGUUGAUGAUUCACUUGCAAUCAUUUAAAUGUACGUGCUCAUUUUAUCUAGCAUCCCAGAAAAAACCCGGAUGAGCCGGACAGCCGGUCGUGACAGGCAGCGGUAGAUUGCGUCGCUGGCACCGGAUUGGACCGGAGCUAGCGUUAGAGAGAGAGAGAGAUAUAGAGAGAGGAUUAAAGCGGUGCUCGAUAUAUAGUUUGUAAGAAGGGGGAAGAAGAAGCUUGUGUACCCCACAACACAAGGAGGGGGGUUUUGCGAGUACGCGAAGCGUACCGUAGCACCACUGACCCUGGAUGUCCUGAUCGCCCCCUCUACCCCGUCGCCUCCCCACCCCAAAAUGUUGGACUCUAACCAAAAAAAAAAAACAAAAUAAUAAUCAUAAUAACACGCGGCAAGUAUAGCGGGGCAGGCUGGCGGCGCGGCCGGUAGGCUACCUUUGAUCCGUUCGAUCGGGACCCGCCACGGGGUAAGGGGGAAGAAUUCAUGUUUUAAUUUUCAUGCUGCAGCCACUCACAGUUCAGAAAAUCUGGUCGGGAGAGAGGAGUUUUCCACAAUAAGGUGUGUCCCGGGACGACGGUGUGCAUCGGUGGUAUGCUGCAUUAGGUAGCCCUUUCUCGCUAUUUCACCUAGAUUAGAGACGACGGAGCAGCGCGCACCUUGAACUCCGUUUUUCUUUUUCUGUUUCGCAAUCGCUUCGUUUUUUUUGUUUUAUUAUCUGCAUGCAAUGGUUUCUCGGAGCAUUGGUAGUUAGAAAAAGCUCCGGGGGUUUUUUUUUCCGGUGUAACCUCAUUUUCCGUUGCUCCCCGUUUGUUUUAGUUUCCGUUUGCUUUUCCCCCCCAUCGAAUCCAAGUAGCGUGUUUGGGGCCCAACUUUGGGCCCCAUUGGGGUUUGAUACAUUUUCCGGUUUUGUUUUUUUUUUUAAUUUUGUUCAAUUUUCUUUGUUUCGCAUAUUGCAUAUGUGCCAGCAGUUUGGCCCUAGGGUAGGCUUUUUAAGUUUUUCUCAUGUUUUUCUUUCUCCCCCAUUUUUCUGCCAAUCCUGUUCUAUCGGUAUCGGUUCGUAACCAACGAAUUAUCGCCUAAACAAACAAACAAACAAAAAAAACACACACACAAACGCUCAAAGCGAUUUCGCGAAUCCGGUGGGAAGCACAGGGACAUUCAAUGGAAAGAAAUAAUGAGAAGGGCGAAGAGAGAGAGAGAGAGAGUACGUUUAGACGAAUAAGGGAUGAGCGGGCGCGUUUCGUUAGUCAUUAUCCCUUUUUUUUCUUUCAGAGAUACGAUGCUUAUACGAAUGAAGCAAGCAAGCAAAACAACACGCACAAGCCAAUGUUUAAUGUGUGUGUGUGUGUGUGUUAGUUUUUUUUCUUCUCGUUUUCUUCAAAUGGUGUAGCAAUGAAGGCCUUUGAGACGCGCUAAUAAUGUAACACUGCUGGUUCCUGCGUA